CAGGUCCGCGAGCGCGCCGCCGCGCAGGGCCGCCCCGUCCGCGCCAUCGAGACGGAGGUGCUGGUGGGCUCCAUCGGUCCCGGGCUGCAGGUGCGGCGCAUGCAGCUGGCGGCGCAGCUGUGGGCGGCCGGCAUCCGGGCUGAGUUCGGGUACAAGCCGGCGCCCAAGAUGGCGGACAACCUGGGUUACUGCCACGAGCAGGGCGUGCCGUUCAUGGUGCUGUUCGGGGAGGAUGAGAUCAGCAGGGGGGUGGUAAAGAUCAAGGACAUGGACGCCCACCGCGAGGACGAGGUGGGUGUGGAGCAGCUGGUGCCGCAGCUGCAGGCGAGGCUGGCAGCGAGGACGGAGCGGCUCGCGGCGCAGGAGCGGGAGGAGCGGGAGCGGGAGGGGAAGGCAGCGGAGGCCCCAGCGGAGGAGGGGGCCCAGGCGUGA